CGUAAACACAGCCAUGUGACAAUUCGGAGCUGCGCGCAAAGCUUGACGCACCCACUGGCACUGGUCCCACGAUUAGCCCGAGCUGGUACCAGUGGCCACUGGCCAACCAACGUGCAUGCGUACUUGUCUCUCCAUUGUGAAGCGUGAACUCAUCAAAUCCUUUCUGGGAACGUCUGCAUUUGCAUUAUAAUACGACCUUCCUUGUUUCAAUUGUGGAUUUACUCUUGCAGUUUGUUGUCGUUUGAAAUAUCAGCGCGUGUCAUAAGCUACCCAGAAGGGAAGGCUACAUUUUAUGCCAAGUGAAUCGCAUUCUGCGCGGUGUAUUUUUUUGUCAGGUCUAAAAUAUCCGAUCUCAAGCGGAUAACUUUCAUCAACACACGAGUUGAGUUUAGGAGCACAUUAAUGCGUACAGUACACGGACCUACUUGCCAUAAGGACAUCUGUCAGAAUCCGAAUAAUGUUUUUGCAGUGAUUGUUUUGGUAUCAUUUACCACACUUCCACUGUUGCCAGUCUAUCUAGCACGAGAGUAGCCAAAGUAACGCUUUUUAAAAACGAUUUAAUGAGUCCAGUUGUUUAGAGAAUUCUAGAAAAAUAUGGGAAGCACAGCAAAUGACUCCAAGAAGAGAGACGCGAAGACACCUAGAAAGAAGAGGACGCUUCGAUUGAACAUGCCCGACCUCGGCUCGUUUGCCAUGCCCUUCUUGGAGGGAGAUGCCGACCAUGUGGAUAAGGCCGACACACAGAAGGAUGAUGGGAGUUGCCACUCAGCCAGCCCGACCAAAGGCUUCUUCACGCGGGGGCCCUUCAGUCGGCCCUCCAGUCCCAAGUCGGCCCCUGCUAGGACCAAGAACAGCCCAGGCUCCCCCAAAACCAUCUUUCCCUACCCUUCGUCCCACCAGGACUCCCCACCCAAGUCGCCUCGUCGCCUGAGCUUCAGCGGCAUCUUCCGCUCCUCCUCCAGAGACUCUAACUCCACCUCUCCCAUCAGCAUCAAGCUCUUCUCCAGGGCCAGGAAAGCCUCCGGGAUCUCCUCGCCCCCCUCAACUCCUCCGACUCAGGCCGCCAAGCAGCCGCCGGCGUUCCCGCUCGAGGCCUAUCGGAGCGAGCCGGAGAGGCUGGAGGCACGGAUGCGCUCCUACUCAUCCCCGCCAGACACCGGGCAGCGCUUCAGUCUACGCUGCUCCAAACCACCCAUGACUCCCUCCGCCCCCAUCGCUAACUCACGAUCACGACCAGUCCACGGUUUAGCUGAAGGCAUGCUGGAGAAACUUGAUCUAGAAGAUGAAGCUUUUGAAGAAUCCGAAAGUGAUAUCUACAUGCGCUUUAUGAAGUCACACAAGUGCUAUGACAUUGUUCCUACCAGCUCUAAGCUCGUGGUUUUUGACACUACUCUGCAGGUAAAAAAGGCCUUCUUCGCCUUGGUUGCCAACGGGGUGCGGGCAGCCCCACUAUGGGAGACAAAGAAGCAGAGCUUUGUCGGAAUGUUAACCAUCACAGACUUCAUCAACAUCCUCCACAGAUACUACAAGUCUCCCAUGGUACAAAUCUACGAGCUGGAGGAACAUCAGAUUGAAACAUGGAGAGAGCUCUAUCUACAAGAAACCUUUAAGCCAUUAGUGAACAUAUCACCUGAUGCAAGCAUAUUCGACGCGGUGUACUCGCUCAUCAAGAACAAGAUCCACCGGCUGCCCGUCAUAGACCCAGUCAGCGGCAACGCGCUUUAUAUCCUCACGCACAAGAGGAUCCUCAAGUUCCUCCAGCUCUUCGUGUGCGAGAUGCCCAAGCCUGCCUUUAUGAAGCAGACUUUGGAGGAACUAACCAUCGGGACCUACCACAACAUCGCCUUCAUCCACCCCAACACACCCAUCAUCAAGGCCCUCAACAUCUUUGUGGACCGGAGGGUGUCCGCACUGCCAGUGGUGGACGAGUCAGGAAAAGUAGUGGAUAUCUAUUCCAAGUUUGAUGUCAUUAACCUUGCUGCUGAGAAGACCUACAACAACCUGGACAUCACGGUGACCCAGGCUCUGAGGCAUCGCUCACAGUACUUUGAGGGCGUCAUGAAGUGCAACCGGCUCGAGACACUGGAGACCAUCGUGGACAGGAUAGUCAAAGCAGAGGUCCACAGGCUGGUUGUGGUGGAUGAGAAUGCCCGGAUCGUGGGCAUUGUGUCCCUGUCGGACAUCCUGCAGGCCCUGGUGCUCGCCCCUGCAGGUAUCUGCAGGAAGAACAGCCAACCACAACCAGAAAUAGAAGCAGAGGCACCACCAGCAACAUUAGUAGAGGCAGAACCAGAGGUAGAGGUAGCAGCAGAACCAGAGGUAGAGGUAGCAGCAGAUACAGAACUACAGGAAGAGGCCACAGCAGAGGCACCACCAGAGAUGUUAGUAGAGGCAGAACCAGAGGUAGAGGUAGCAGCAGAUACAGAACUACAGGAAGAGGCCACAGCAGAGGCACCACCAGAGAUGUUAGUAGAGGCAGAACUAGAGGUAGCAGCAGAUACAGAACUACAGGAAGAGGCCGAAGCAGAGGCACCACCAGAGAUGUUAGUAGAGGCAGAACUAGAGGUAGCAGCAGAUACAGAACUACAGGAAGAGGCCGAAGCAGAGGCACCACCAGAGAUGUUAGUAGAGGCAGAACCAGAGACUGAGGAACCACCAGAAACAUUGGUAGAGACCGAGGUAGUGGUGGCUGAACCAGCAACUGAGGUAGAAGCUCUAGUGGAAGCUGAGGUGGUAGUGGAAGAUGAAGCAGAGGUGGAAGGUAAGACUGAGGUGGUGGUGGAAGUAGAAAUCAAGACUGAGGUAGUGGAGGUUAAGGGUGAAACUGAGGCAGAGAUGGAGGCUGAGGUGGAGGUUAAGGCUGAAACCAAGGCAGAGGAAGUAGAGGUUAAGUCUGAAGCUGGGGUGGUGAUGGUAGAGUUGGUGGGGGUUAAGGCUGAGGUGGGGAUGACAGAGGAUGAAGUGGUGGUGGAGAUUAAGGCUGAAACUGAGGUAGAGGCUGAGGUGGAGGUUAUGGCUGAAACCGAGGCUGUGGUGGGGAUGGCAGAGGAUGAAGCAGAGGUGGUGGUGGAGAUUAAGGCUGAAACCGAGACAGAGGCUGAUGUGGGAAAUGCUGAGGCUGUGGCAGAGUCUGACGCAGUAGAGACUGAAGCUGGACCCAAGGAUGCUGAGGAAGGAGAGGCAGAGUGACAUCCAUGGCCGUCGCUACAAGCCGUACGUGACUGACCUGCCAUGACACUGCUGUGAGAGGAAGUUGACUCAGGAAGUGGAGCGAGCUGAGAAAGAGGCUGGAUCUAAUUGUUGGGAUGGGUGGUUUAGUAGAAGUGUGACACUCCGGCUUACCAGGGACCUAAUGGGUAAUUUUCUGUGAUGGGGGAGAUGGUCACAUGGGUGACUUUCUCGGGCUGACCAACCAGGGAUCACUUUACUAUAACUGGGUUGUGCCUCCCUUUUCUCCAGAUUGUGCACUAUAACACCCCUGUCCUUUUACCUCUGGAUCUUCCAGCAUAACCUGUCUGUGGGCCCAAUUCAGAAACAACCCGUAGUCCCUAUCCUCUGGGCGCUUGUGUAGACUUAAAAGGAGUGGAUGGGUGUGAGCAAUGUGGCUAAUAUUCCACCUAGCCUAUCAGAGAGAAAGGCGGCGCUACCACCAUGUUGUCCUGUCUACACCAAGUGUCUACCUAGAGCAGUGGUUCUCAACCUUUUCUGAACCGGGGCGUACCUUGAGGUGAGACCAAUUCUGUGACACACCUAAAAUGUCCCUAUUAAUCGAUUUUAGUAGAAAUGACCCCCAUUUCACCCAAACUGCUAUUUUCUGUGACAAAUGCUUUUCUUAUAGAUAAAUAGGGUUCAUUUGUGUGUAUCCAAGAGCGCCUCGUGACGCCGUGCUAGAAAUGUACAAAAAUGUAGCUCUUGGGAAAUAGGUCAUUAGUUUUCAGGCGUUUUGGUUAGAGAUUUGUAUUUUUCUGCAUUGUAAAGAUGCAACCACCGAUAAAGCCAUCCUCCCCAUAUGUUUCUAUGGCAGAGGCUGUGGAACAGCUAGGCUUAAUCAGACUUUUUUUUUUUUAUGAUUCAAAUGACUUUGCUUGUGAUGUGCAACCCUCAGAUGAUACAAAUGUUACAGCCUGAGUGCACCGGACUUGAAAUGUUUGAGUGUUUUAAAUUAUUAUUUUUUAAAUAAGAUUAGGGAAAAGUUUCAAGUUCCUCAAGGCACACCGGUUGAAAACCACUGGCAUAGAAGUUAGGGGCAAAGGAUUGUUUCUGGACAGGGUCAUGGUCUCAACCAUGAGCACACAAAUGGUUUGAAUAUCAGUCUUUUAAGCUUAUUUUUUGUUCUAGUGUACUUCUACAUCUUUAUCAUGAUUCUGUCUGCUCUCCUCCUUCAGGGAGUGUUGUUUUUAGCUUUAUUUGCACAAGGUUUUGUGAACGUAACAGAGGCUCUCUGAAAACUAUACCAAUCCCCCCCACCCCUGCUAGUUAUGAUGUCCCUUUGACAACGGGUUGUGCUCGCUGUCCUGUCUUUAACGUCAUUGGUGCCUUUCGCCCCCACAAGUAGUCACACGUCAUUGGCUGAGAGAGAGCUGGAGAAUGUUCAAAAACGUGUUAAAACUGAAUGUGAGCGUUUCCAAAACCAAAAACAUGAUAUAUCACACCUUGUUUAUUUUGUUGAUGUUGAGAUAAUUUUCUAUAAUCAAAGUUUGUCUGUUAUAUUCCUGAAAUGUUCAUUUUGAAAUUAUGCUGUAAAGAUAGAUUCAAAGUUGUAUUUAUUAAAUCGUAUUUUCUCUGUGCUUAACUAUUUUAGAGGGUGGAAGAGAACGAAAGUGAGGUGACGGUAUGCUGACUUUGACUUUGUUGUUCAAUGCUUUUCAAGGAGCAACAGCUGCCAAUAUCCAACAUUUCUCUUUACUUUACUUCUCCAGUUACUUGGAGGCAUACAAGAUAUAUUGUACUCUGUAUUGAUCAUUAUUUUUUUUUCUGUGUAUACAAUGCUGUAAAAUAAUGUUCUUUGUCAUAGAUUUUUUUUUCCCCUUGUGGAUUAGGUUGUGGUGUAUUGUUGAUGGUCUCUAUAAGGGGAUUAUCCAUUGAAAAUGGAUAGAACUGGUUGAGUACGACAGUAUAAUGGUAAUACAUAUUGUACUUUUCAGUUUUAUUUUUUACUUUGCUGUUUGGAAAAGUAAUAAAAUGUACUGUUGAAUCUUUUUA